CGCGGAUCAGAGCGGCAUACGGAGCGGUACCGCGCGCGCGUGUGUCCGGAGGAUGGAGGACGCGCCGCACGAGACCCUGGACUAACGGGGUCUUUACUUUCUAUGGGAGCGGUUCGAGAUUUCCCGAAAGAGUGGAUUUUAUAUUGAUACACUACAAUGCCAUUCGCCAAACGGAUCGUGGAGCCUCAGUUUCUGUGCAGACGCACGGAGUCAGAAGAAGCUUUACCGUUCCAGGACCUGUGCGCCAUCAGUAAUGUGGCUCUGUCUCGGACCCUGCGCCAGCUUUCGGACCUGGCUAAGCACGCGUCCUCGCUCUUUCACGAGCUGGAACACGAGCUGGUCUCCACGAACCGGCGCGUCUGGGCUCUCCGGGAUAAAAUCAACCGGAUCCAGGACACCACGGAUGCGCUCGACCCCAAACAGGAGGCAGUGCCGGUGUCUAAUCUGGACAUUGAAAGCAAGCUAAAUGGACACUAUCAGGCCUCGUGGCACCUGCAGAGAAAUGUGUUCUUACCAUCGACCCGGCCCGCGUGUGUGGCAGAGCUGCAUCGCAAUGCCAAACAGAGUCUGCGGGCGCUGUACAGAGAUCAGCAGCAGAGACAGGAAGUCAGUGAAAGAGAACGGAGGGUGACCAUCUCCAUUGCUCCACCUGUGACCAUCUAUCCAUCCCCUCGAACCAUCCGGAGACGUGAGCUGAGAGAGAGACACCUGACAACGGAGAGAACAGAAAGAGAUACAGAAACUCAAACAACACAAACACAGUUUGACAGCACCCGGUCCUCAUCCCCUACUGAAUGUUGUCAUUUCUCACCAUGGAACAGAAAGGUUGAUUCAGAUUCAGAGGCGGCAGAUUUCAGCCACUGGCCAAAGUGUCCGAUCCCAAACGUUCCCUCGGUGCUGGACAAACAGACAAACUGGCCUGGAGUCUUACCACUGCCCACCCCAGAAGAGAAAAUGAAAACAGACUCUCAAAUCAUCACCUCGUGCAUCGUCCCCAUUAACGUCACAGAGGAGGGUGACGUCGCUACUUCUCCCUCAGCGAUAUCAGCUUUCCUAAGGAUCGGGUUCGACAGAGAUGCCAGUGUACGCUGCUCGCUGGUCCACUCGCAGUCAAUUCUUCAAAGACGGAGGAAGUUAAGAAGACGGAAAACCAUCACUGGCAUUCCCAGACGAGUGCAGCAGGAUUUGGACUCUGAUGAGUCUCCAGUGGCCAGAGAACGUACAGUAAUAGUUCACACCAACCCUGACCUUUGCCAGGAGGACCUUUCGCAUCAAAACACCAAGGACUCUGGCUGCCAGACUGAAGAAUUCCUAAUAGCUGGAGCUGCACCUUCACGCAGACGAAUCAGAGCACAAAGAGGGCAGGGUAUGACAGUGUCACAUUCCCAUUCCACAGGGAACAUAUCCUCACUACCUGACACCUCGGACGAAAUGUUCAACACCUCUUUGGCCACUCGUCUGCGCUCCCGAAGCUUGCCACGAGAGGGAGGGCGAAUAGUGGACGAAGAUCAUGAUGACAGCAAUGAGGAUGAUGAUGAGGAAGAGGAAGAACUCUCCCCUUUUGAGGCUGAGGACUUCCUACGCGUCUCAGGGGAACAUAUGAAAGAUGAUGAAGAAAGCAUUGACGAUCAGGCAGUUCCAGAAGAUAAACAGCACAUCGGAAGUGCAGGGCAUGACUGGAUGGAAAGGGGUUGUUCUAGGCUUCCUCGAAAAGCUGAAUUGGGUAGUUGUGAGAUUUCUUCGAGUUCUGACACGUUUAGUAGCCCCGUUCACUCUGUUUCCAAUGCUGGUGUGCUGACAAGUCAGAUGGACCACAAGGACGAUCAUCAGUCAUCAAGCGGCAAUUGGAGUGGUAGUAGCUCAACGUGUCCCUCCCAAACAUCUGAAACCAUUCCACCUGCAGCAUCUCCACCACUCACCGGAUCAUCACACGGUGAUUCGGAGCUAUCAUUGAAUGUUGCUACCAACGCUAUUGAUGAAUCCACUGGCUUUAUCAUUGACCCGUACCCUGGUGAGAGAUCGCAAGGCCUCCGUUGCCAUAGGACGGGUUCAUUCACCUCCACUGCAACUGACAUGCUUGAUGAUGCUGGAGUUAGUACUGCCAGUGAGGGUGAAUGGACUUUCCCACACUACAGACACAACACGCAUUGCCACCCAGACUUGAGUCCUGAACUUUUAAGGCAUGAGAGCAGCCUAGAAUGUCCCAGUUUUACUAGCAUAGCGACUAUUGAAAGUUUACCAGACAGGCCACCUUCUGAAAAGGCGGACACCACCUCACACUACUCCAUAGAUGCUGAGGGCUACUAUACCUCCAUGCACUUUGACUGUGGUCUUAAAGGUAGCAAAAGCUUCACAUACAACUAUGCAUCUGUAGACCAGCAACAAACCGAAUAUGGACAUCAAACGAACACACUUGGGAGACAUAGUCUCUCUCUAAGGAAACCAAAGGUGAAGCCAUCCCCACCAAAACGCAGCUCAUCCUUAAGGAAAAUAAGCAGCCAUGAUGGCCAUUCUACUGACAAGAAUGAACCAAAGAUCAAUGGUAGUCCGAAUAAAUCAACGUCUUCUGUGGAGGGAAUGCGGAAUGUGGGGUUAAAUGGCUCCUCGGGACAGUUGGAGAUUGAGGAGCCGCCAGGGGCUUGGGGUGUUGAGAGUUCUAGAGAGGUUCCAGAUGUUGUUUUGUUUGGUUCUACAGAAACACAUUCAUUCAAAGAUGAGGGUGCUGUACAGUCAGACUAUGCAGACCUCUGGCUUCUUAAUGACUUGAAAUCCAGCGACCCUUACAGGUCGUUGUCAAAUUCCAGCACUGCUACGGGUACCACUGUCAUCGAAUGCAUUAAGUCACAUGAGAGCUCCGAAUCCCAGACUUCCCAGUCAGGAUCCAGGGCCACCACUCCUUCACUACCAUCAGUGGAAAAUGAAUUUAGAUUGCCAUCGCCGGAAAAGCUUGUCGGUCUAGCAUCACCUUCCAGUGGAUACUCAAGCCAGUCUGAGACACCAACAUCUUCUCUUCCAUCGGCUUUCUUCCCCAACACUCACCCAAUGUCCCCCACCGGUGGCAAGAGGAAACCCAAAGUUCCAGAGAGGAAGUCCUCACUUGCUUCUUUACAGCAGUAUUCAUCCAAAAGGGACCUUGAACUACCUAUCAUACCUCCCACCCAUCUUGACCUAAGUGCCCUUUCUAAUGUCAAUAAGCCUUCAGUUCACAAAAAACAGGUGCACAUCCUCUAUCAAAGCAAACACAAGAUGGCAGCUAAAGCUACGGAAGAGAACCAGGCAUCUUCUGCUGCAAAUGAUGAGCCAGCAACUACUAGUCCUUUGGCCAUCACUCCCAUGAUACUUCGUUCAGUGCAGCUACGUUCAGUUGGCAAAUCUGGUAAUGGGACCCAUAAUCACCCUUCCACUGAUACUUCCACCAGGCCUAAGUGUCCCACUGUGACUAUCAUCACUCCACCAACUCACAACAAAUCCCAAGAAACUAGGAAACCACCACCGUACAGACCCCUUCUUACAGAACCCCCCUCUCAGGACAAUUGUGAAUCACUGUUUACCCCAAAAGAUGGACUAGCUGCUAAGAAUGUAGCAAGCCAUUUUGGUGCACGAAAUCGAUAUGACAGAUUAGGCCAUUCAUUUUUUUUGAAGGCAAGGUCUGAGCAAUUGAACGUGGAUGAGGUCACUUCCAUUGAAUCAAAGAAUUCUGAAAGUCAGGAAGGUAACGCUGCAGAUGAGGUGUGCGUGUCAAGCAAUCUAGAAACUGGACAAAACCAGCCAUCGAGAUUUGAGCCAAACAAUGAAGACCUCUCGUAUCUGACCAAAGCAGAAAAAUCACCUGGUCAGAAUGAUGUAGCAAAGGGGUUAUGCAGUCUUGACCAAGUGCCUGAUAUUGCCAAUCUAAAAUCUGAAACAUUGCCAAUCAGUGGUGCUGUUACCAUCAAAGAUGAAUAUGAAAUAUCAGGUGUUCCAACCAGAAGUGCCUCACUGGAACAUGUAGAGGAAGGGUCAACACCAGACACAGAGGGCUACUUUAGCAAAGAAUCCACACCAAGUGAUCCAACAAUGUCCCCUCUGACAGACGAUUCAAAAACUGAAGAUGAUAGUGUUUUCCUGUCACCAAGUAAAAAUCGGACAACAGAGGAUCUCUUUGCCAUGAUUCACAGGUCAAAAAGAAAAAUGCUGGGGAGGAAAGAUUCCGGAGAUAUGACAACACGGAGCCGUUUGGGGAACGGUACCAUCGCAAGUCCUAUUACCUCACCAAGCACCCCAAAUACACCCUCAAGUCCAGCCACUCAAACUGGGUCCUCAAGACCCCCGGGUCAAAUUUUCAGGAGUGCCAAAAAGUCCAGUACCUCUAAUGAAGAGUUCAAAUUGCUGCUGUUGAAAAAGGGAAGUCGCUCCGACUCCAGUUAUCGCAUGUCCGCUACAGAGAUCCUAAAAAGUCCUGUUGCACCCAAAAGCCCCGGAGAUUUCCAGACGGAGAUUUUAAGAUAUUUGGAAGAACCACUCUCUCCUGAGUAUUCACCUGAGCAAAUAUCAAGCCCUUUUCCAAGAACUUAUGCUGAGGGCUUUUCCACUAAAGCUUUUCCCACAUCUGCAUCAACUAGACAAGGUCGUUCAAGGAUGCCACCCGCUGCAAACAGUAGCCGCUACAGUACACGAAGUCGGCUGUACACGACUCCGAUGCAGGCCAUAUCGGAAGGGGAAACAGAAAACUCAGACGGAAGUCCACACGAUGAUCGUUCCUCGUGAUAACCACGAAAGUUACGAUCUUGGACGUCAAUUUUAAAUAUAAUGCUGGGCACUUGGCAUACUCAAUAUUUUUGAGUAUCUGUUUUUAGACCAGAAACAAACUAUGUAGUGUCUCUACCCUUGUUUUAACCAGAGGAACAAAACAUUUUGAUGUUCAUUUUUAGUGGUGGUGUUCUGAUGACUUCAAUGAACAUAUUUAUUUUACGUGAAUGCUUUGUUUGUGUACCAGGUGACAUUUCAUUUAGGAAUGAGGGUGGAGAAACAAACAGAUAAAACUGAUCACUUUGUAAGUAUUUACGUCACUAACAUUUAGCAUCGUAAACAGUACUGUAUUGGGGCUAACUGUGAAAUGGGUCCAGACCUUGUUAAUAGGAAGGGAAAACACUUCCUGUAUCUGUUGAUAACAGCGGACAACUUGGGACAAUCAAAGCGUGGCCUUUUUUAUAGUUAGCUGUAGCAUAAACAGGCAGAGUAUUUUUGAGUAACUAUCAGAAUUACUCUCGUGCCAUUACUGAGUCUUAUUGGGCAAGAAAUGUAGCUGGUUAUCCGAUGAGCAACCACUAUUUUGCACUUCUUUUGGUACCGACAAAAUAUCCCAAAAUAAGAUUUUGCAGAAAACAAAAUGACAAGUUAGUUUAUGAAUUUCAACAAAAAAUAAGAUCUAUUUUUAAUGACCUUACAUAGGAAUUAUUGGACUGCUAUCUGGCAACCGCGGAUGCAAUUUUGUCCCUUUUUAUUGGCUUUUGUAAAUCUAAAUCUAAUUCAAAAACUAUAUGCUGCAAUUAAUAAUCACAUGAAUUUUUUAUGUGAAUUUAAGCAAACAGCACAGAGAACAUUGUUUUUAUAUAUCAAUGUUGAGGUAUAUCAACAACAGCUACAACAUGAUGAUCAGUCGUAUUCUGUGAAUACUGUACAUUACUUUAAUUAUUUUUCAUUCGUUUACGAUUCGUUUUUUCACUGAGACACAACAGACUAAUACUGUGCUAAGGUUUGACAACCAAACUAUGAAAUUAUGCCUAUACUGCAGUGGUUGUAGCUUUUAUAGAUUUCACUUUAACAGCCAAUAUCUGAAUUAUCUGCAUGCAAUAAAACGUCAAAGAGGAGUUGAUAUUGAAAGAUGUUUGGUAGCGUAUCAUCCAAUUAAUUCAUCAUUAUACCAAGCAGUUUAUCAUGAGGUAACAAAUUUUUGUUCAAAGACAUUUAUGUUGUAGUAAAACAAACUACAGGACGAUCAUAUUGUAAGAAAUGUAGAAGGUUAAGUUGAAGUUUUUUAAAUUGUGAAGUGAAAGUGCUUUGGGUCAGGAAACCAGAUUUUGGGUUUGAAUUAGCGAUGUUUAGAUGGCGAUGAGGAACGUUCACAGAAGGAAAACACGUAGGGUUUCAGCUUUGACAUGCGAUGGAGAACCGACGCUGAGGUUUUUUCUAUGCUGUAGUUGUUUAAAAGCACAGACAACAAAUAUAUCCAAAGAAAGAUUACAGCUCAUAGGUUUGCAGAUGUUUUGUCUUUGCUGGAUUUUUGUCUUUACCAACUUCAAAUCUGUGUCUGGGGAUAUGAAAAGGAAAGGAAAUUGUUGAAAAAAAAGAUUGCAAAGGACUGAUAAAUUAUUUAUGAACACUACUGUUUUGGUUAUCUUUCACAUAGAGCUCUGAAGCACCUCAUUUGUUAUUUUGGUACUAAAAACGAGAGGUUAUAUAUUUAUCUUUGCUGAAUUUUAUGAAAUAUUGGGCUUUGAUAAAUUUGUAAUGAUUGGAGAUUUAUUUAUGGAUUGUUUGUAUCGUUUUUCUUCCAGAGGUUAAGCUUUAUUAGGAAACACUGACACACAAAAACUAAAUACACUACAGUAUAAAAAUUUAAGCUACAAUGUUAAUGAUCCUUUUAAACCCAAUGGUUCAUCGUGUCCAGUGGUGUAUUUGGCAUCUCUCUCCUACAGCCCAUUGAAUCUUUCUGGUGUUUUUCUAGCGUUAUUUAGUAAGAAUCGGACCAUUUACAGGACCAAGGUUAUUAACUGUCCUCAGCUAACAGAUACCCGUUUAACUUCUGCUGUUAUACAGAUGAUAUAAUUGCAAAUCAAACUAUUAUCUUAAUUUAAGUUGCAGAUCUAAAAGACUGUUCAUAAUUUCCAACGAAACAAUUGUUAAACGUUGUAAAGUCUAACCUUAAAAUUUGCACUGAUGUAGUAUGUUUGUGAAGGUUAUUACAUUGUCUUUUGCUGUACCUAAAGAUAUUAAACAGGAAUACAGAUUAUAUUCAAAACAAAAACCGAACAAAAUAUUCUUCAAAACGAUGCAUGCAUGAUUCAUUGUAACAUACAAAGAUUUGGGUCUUUGUAAGGUUUCACAGAUUUCACAGUUUGACCAGCGUGUUGAAAAGCAGUGAUGUCACUUCUGGUACUAGACUGAAGUCUUCAAGCAACUAAAAUGAAAAAUAACUUUUUUGUAUAUUUGUAAAUAUAAUGCCUUUUUAAAUUGUUUCCAGGGUGUUUCUUAUGUACAAUGUUUUCAAAGUUUACAUUAAUUAUAAGCCUUUGUAUAUUUUUGAUCUGUGCAACACUUUUGAGUCUUGUAUUUAUUUUUUAGUAAACUUUGUGGUCCCUUUGUAAAAUGUCUCUAAAACUGUUUGCCAACUCGACUGGCUGUUUAGUAAAUGUGCAUAGAAGAGAUCAAUAAAUGUGACUGCUUUAAAA